CAUCAUCAAUCAUCAUCAUGGAGAAUGCAGUGGUAGCUGGUCUACUACUGGCAAUCUCUGUCGUGCAGUCUCUUGCUGCACCCGACCCGCAAACUCCCCCUAACAUACUCUUCAUGAUGGCGGACCAGAUGCGCGCAGACGCCCUGAGCUGCGCGGGCAACGCCGCGAUCAGGACCCCCAACCUGGACAAGCUGGCGGCCGAGGGAGUUCGCUUCGCCAACGCCUUCUCUUCCACCCCGAGCUGCACGCCUGCACGUGCCGCCAUCCUCACCGGCCUCUCUCCCUGGUACCACGGAAUGCUUGGCUACGGCGUCGUGGCUACGAGGUGCUGUUGUACUCCUAGCUAGCUAGCUCAGUUAGCUGUAUGGUAAACACAUUGUAUACUUUCAGGUAUCCUUACGAACUGCCUAGAGCUCUCUCUUCUGGUGGAUACUUCACCUGUUCCAUUGGCAAGGACCACUUUGGGUGGAAUACCACUACUAACGAAGGGGUGCCCCACGGAUACCACAGGACAGAUCUCUACGACGGGCUCCCGAAAGAACUGGACGACUACGACCAGUGGUUUGCGGAGGCUAACCCGGGAGUAAACCCCAUGGCAACCGGCCUGGAAUACAACGACUACAGAGGACGAGCUUACGUCUUGGAUGAAUACUACCACCCCACUGCAUACGUUGGACGAGCAGCCAUCGAAUUUCUCAAGACGUACGACCAAACGAGACCCUUCUUCCUCAAAGUGUCUUUUCAUCGACCGCACAGUCCGUAUGAUCCGCCCAAGGUCUACAUGGAUCAGUAUGACCCUACACACAUGCCUGAUCCGUACACAGGUGGAAACUGGGAUUCUCGGUAUGCCGUCAACUAUAACACGACCCCUGACCCCGGGAUAUGGUGUGGGAACAUCAGCCUGGACACUCUCCGUGUCUCCCGACAGGCUUACUACGGCAACGUGGGGUUCAUAGACUCCUGGGUGGGCGAAAUCCUGACAGUCCUCCAAGAACAGGGUCUGGCAGAUGACACUUUUGUUCUCUUUACAGCUGAUCACGGGGACAUGCUUGGCGACCACUACCACUUCCGUAAGACCUACCCCUAUUUCGGGUCGUCCCAUAUCCCGAUGAUGUUCAAAUGGCCGAUGUCUCGGAGGCCACACCCACCAACUGGAGGAGAUAUAUCUGAGCCUAGAGGCUCGGUGAGGGAAGAAGUAGUGGAGUUACGUGAUCUUUUCCCAACGUUUCUGGAUAUUGCUGGUGUCCCUGUGGCCCAUACUCUCAAUGGAAGCUCUCUACUGAACCUCCUGCGUGCAUCACAACCUGGACAUAAGCUGCAGAACUCCAUAUCACAGCAGAAACAGGAAGGGGAGACUUGGAGAGAAUAUCUGGACUUGGAGCACAGCACCUGCUAUAACAUCACCAACCACUGGAACGCUCUCACUGAUGGUCACACAAAGUACGUGUUCCGUGCGUACUUUGAUGACGAGCAGCUAUUCGACUUGGACUCUGACCCCCACGAGAUGACGAACCUCGCGGGCGAGCCUGAGUGGCGGUCGACUCUAGAGCAAUGGCGGGGCAGAAUGGUGGAGCAGUUUGAGAGAGAAGGGAGGGGGCCCCAGUGGGUAGCGGACCGAAAGCUUGUCAGACGAACAAAAGGACAGCUCUAUUCUCCAAACUAUCCCGGCUCCACAAGAAAUCCACCACCCAUUCCCGACACUGAUUGAACUGAUUCAAUUAUUUUGUAUAUUGUUUGUAAGUGUGUUUGUGUGUACAUAAUUUAGCACAAAGAUAUUUUACGUCGCUAAUCCACCACCAAACAAUGGACAGGUUAAUCGAGCCAAUGCUCAGCUACUUAUGAAUUAAGUUAAGUGUCUACAAAA